AUGACUGUACCACAAACCACAGAGGUCAUACCUGAAUCUCCAACGAUACCAGUCACGACUGUGCCACAAACCACAGAGGUCAUACCUGAAUCUUCAACGAUACCAGUCACGACUGUACCACUAACUACAGAGGUCAUACCUGAAUCUUCAACGAUACCAGUCACGACUGUACCACCAGCUACAGAGGUCGUGUCUGCAUCUUCAACGAUACCAGUCACGACUGUACCACCAACUACAGAGGUCAUACCUGAAUCUUCAACGAUACCAGUCAUGACUGUACCACAAACCACAGAGGUCAUACCUGAAUCUUCAACGAUACCAGUCACGACUGUACCACAAACCACAGAGGUCAUACCUGAAUCUUCAACGAUACCAGUCACGACUGUACCACCAACCACAGAGGUCAUACCUGAAUCUUCAACGAUACCAGUCACGACUGUACCACCAACCACAGAGGUCAUACCUGAAUCUUCAACGAUACCAGUCACGACUGUACCACCAACCACAGAGGUCAUACCUGAAUCUCCAACGAUACCAGUCACGACUGUACCACAAACCACAGAGGUCGUGUCUGAAUCUUCAACGAUACCAGUCACGACUGUACCACUAACUACAGAGGUCAUACUUGAAUCUUCAACGAUACCAGUCACGACUGUAGCACCGAGUACAGAGGUCAUACCAGAAUCUUCAACGGUACUGGUCACUACUGUACCACAAACCACAGAGGUAAUACCAGAGUCAUCAACGCUACCAGUUACGACUGUACCAUCAACUACAGAGGAAGUACCAGAAUCAUCAACGCUACCAGUUACGACUGUACCAGCAACUACAGAGGUCAUACAUAAAUCAUCAAUGAUAUCAGUCACGACAGAACAGCCAACAGCAGACUUCACUCUGGAUACGUUAACUGCCGCAGACACGACAGUACCACUAACUACAGAGGUUUUACAGGACUCAACAACUGUACCGGUCACAACUGGAUCACUGACUACAGUGGCAGUACCUGAAUCUUCAACGAUACCAGUCACGACUGUACCACCAACUACAGAGGCAAUACCUGAAUCUUCACCGGUACCAGUCACGAUUAUGUCACCGACAACAGACUUCACCCUGGAUACAUCAACUGCCGCAGACACGUCAGUACCCCCAACUACAGAGGUUCUACAGGAUUCAACAACUCUACCGGUCACGACUAGAUCAAUGACUACAGUGGUAAUAGAAGAAUCAUCAACGGUACCAUUCACUACUGUACUUAGGACUACAGGAGUAAUUUCUGAGUCAUCAACUGUACCAGUCACGACUGAGCCAUCAACUACAGACAUAACGCCAGAUUCAUCAACUGUACCAGUCACAACUAUACUAUCAACUACAGAAACAACACCAGAGUCAUCAACUGUACCAGUCACAACUAUACUAUCAACUACAGAAACAGCACCAGAGUCAUCAACUGUACCAGUCACAACUAUACUAUCAACUACAGAAACAACACCAGAGUCAUCAACUGUACCAGUCACAACUAUACUAUCAACUACAGAAACAACACCAGAGUCAUCAACUGUACCAGUCACAAGUAUACUAUCAACUACAGAAACAACACCAGAGUCAUCAACUGUACCAGUCACAACUAUACUAUCAACUACAGAAACAACACCAGAGUCAUCAACUGUACCAGUCACAACUAUACUAUCAACUACAGAAACAAUAGCAGAGUCAUCAACUGUACCAGUCACAACUAUACUAUCAACUACAGAAACAACACCGGAGUCAUCAACUGUACCAGUCACAACUAUACUAUCAACUACAGAAACAACACCAGAGUCAUCAACUGUACCAGUCACAACUAUACUAUCAACUACAGAAACAACACCAGGAAACAACACCAGAGUCAUCAACUGUACCAGUCACGACUGUAGCAAGAACUAUAGAGGCAAUACGCGAGUCAUCUACUUUAACGGCCACGACUGUACCACGAACUACGGAAGUAAUACCAGAAUCAUCAACUGUAGCAGUCACGACUGUGCCACCAACUACAAAGGUAAUGCUGGAAUCAUCACGCGCAACAGUUACGACUGA